AAACCUACACUCUCCUCUCUCCCUCUCCUCCCCUCUCACAAAAAUGAACAACACCAUUGUAAGAAUGGAAAACAAAAGCCAUAGCCACCAUCAUCCAUCAUCUCGGAGUAGCCACGAGCGGAACUCGGAUGGCCUAAUUUCGAUAAAUGCCAUGAUCAUCAUCGGAAUCUCCAUCAUCUCCAUCUUCAUAAUAUUUGCAAUUCUCUUAAUAAUCCUUUUACUCCAUCGACUUAAAUCCGCAAGAGAAAAAGCACAAGAAUUAUCUUGCAAAGAAAGCUUCAACAACAUGAACAAUGGUGGAACUUCCACCAACUACAGCUACACUUCUAGCCCUGAUGACAUCAAGAGAGAUUGUCUAUACUCAAGAAACCCAACAUCAUUCAGACAAUUGCCUCAACAAACAAAAAGUUGUAGAAGAAGCCGAGCAGAAGGAGUAGAAGUGUACACAUACAAGGAAUUAGAGAUUGCAACUAAUAAUUUCAGCGAGGGCAAGAAAAUCGGAAGCGGUGGAUAUGGAGAUGUGUACAAAAGGAGUACUAAGGGAUGGAACGUUUGCGGGCCAUUAAAAAGCUUCAUAUGCUUAAUGAUAAUGCUAGUAACCAAAAGCAUGAAGAACGGUCCUUUAGGCUUGAAGGUAAUGCCUCUAACCGGAAAGCUUACCACAAAAUCCGAUGUUUAUAGUUAUGGUAUUGUGUUACUACAACUCUUAACGGGUCGUAAACCGAUCGAUUCAAGGCGUCCGCCGGGGACAAGAUGUCCUUGUCUCUUGGGCUCUUCCAAGGCUAACCAAGAGAGAAAAUUAGCGAAAUGGUGGAUCCAACCAUGAAAGGUCAAUACUCACAAAAAGAUCUUAUUCAGGUAGCAGCCAUAGCAGCAGUGUGUGUGCAACCAGAAGCAAGUUACAGACCGUUGAUGACGGAUGUUGUUCACUCGCUCAUUCCCCUUGUUAAAGCUUUCAACAAAAGUACUGAUUCUUCUCGGUUUCCUAGCCGUAGAGAAAGCUUGUCAUUUGAUGAUAUUAUGGCUGACACUCUUUUGUUUAAUGUGUGUAAUUUCUCCCUUAUAAGUUGCGCUCUCGUUGUUAUUGUAUAUUUGUAUAGACAAAUGAAUCCAUUUAUCUUGU